AUGAGAGGUCGCAAGAAAGAUUUCGUCGCAUGUGUUCAUUGCCGGCAGAUGAAAUUGGCGUGUGAUGGGCCGCGGAAUUUCCCGGCUGCCUGUUCCAGAUGCACCAAGGCCGGACGACUGUGUUCUGUCGAUCCAGGAUUUCGGCGUGUGAAAAAGAGAGAAAAGUUUAAAGAAGUGGAGAGAGAACUACGAGAGAUCAAGCAAUCCCUGCGAACAGGCGAUGAACACGAUCAAGAUGUCGAGGGCGCUUCUCACACAGAUACUAGCACACUGACGGCUUUGCCAUCAUCCAUCCUCCCACAGCCCGAGGCUUUGGAAACUGCUCCUACAGGCAGGACUAUAGGAGGAAUACACCUUUUACCAAAUUUACAACAGGAUCUCAUAACCGAAUUCUAUGAAGACUAUCACCCAUUCUGUCCGAUCCUACCGCAUCCUAGGGCCUUUCUAGGGUAUGCCGAGUUAUGUCCCCUUCUUCUCUACAUAGUCCUCGUUACCGCUUUACGUGGGAAGCCAGAGCACAAUGAGUUGUUCUUGGCACUCGUCGACACGGUUCGCACCAUGUCCUACGAGCUGAUGAGGCCGGAAUUCGUCUCACUUCAGACGAUGCAAGCCUUCUUGCUAUUGUGCUACUGGCCUCUGCCCUACUCCAAGAGAAUCGACGAUCCAACGCAUUCAUUCAUAGCACUGGCAACUCAUAUUGGAUACAGUCUAGGAAUGCAUAGAGCGCCUCGUUAUGCAAAAGACUUUGACAAUAAAUUGUCGGUAGAUGGAAACAUGGAGGUUUGCCGGCGAAUAACUUGGGUGGUUUGCUUUAUCACAAACGUGAGUGCCACAAGUCAACUCGGGCUUCCAACGAGUAUUCGGCUAGAUCGAGGUCUGUUGGAAAUACUCGCAGCAAAACCUACCUGGCUUCCCGAGACCCUGUUUUACCAGCUACAUGUUUCUCGCCAAGCCUUUAAUAUGAACUUGACUUUUGAAGACUUUGAACAUUUUCUUAAAGACAAUCCAGCGGACUCUAGCCCAAUUAUCCGCGCUUUUGAUAUGGAGAUGCGGAGCCUGGAAUCUCGGUUUUCCCUAUCAUGGUCGCCAGGCGACUAUAUCUUUUUUUUAGGGUGUCGAAUGAUGCUAUACACAAUUGCACUUACCAUGGUGUCUGAUACCCUGGAAGAAAGCAACGUUGUCUCUACUACGAUCGAGUCUCCUUGUUACUGGGUGGUCCAGACCUACAUUACCGCAAUCAGCACCAUCAGGACUGCAGUCUCGAUACAAGACACGAUAUUCAAUUCUCCGGUUCGCAUGCAUAAGCUUUUGAUAAAUGCAAUUUGCUAUCUGGUUUUGCUUAAAUGUUCGAGAUUCCAAGACCUUGUCGACAACAGUACACUUAGCAACGGGAUUCGUCAGGGGUGGGAAGUCUUACGAGGCUUGUCUAUUACCCCUAAUGAUUUCACUACCCGAGCAUGUAGUAUAUGUGAGCGACUUAGUCGGUAUAGUGAUGACUUAAAGCCAGAAGAGAGGACAAAGGGGUUAUUGGUCCUGAAGUCUAGAAUGGGCGCCAAUAUCGCGUUCAGCACAGCUUUAAGGGCAAGAGAAUGGUCGCGACAAACGCAGGGUGAUACCUCGUCAACGGAAAUAAAUGACGGCGAGGAGCCCGCAGAUGCUUUCAGUAUCGAAGACCUGAGUUUAUUUGCUGAUAUAAACUGGGAGGAUCUGUUUCCAGUCUUGGGGACUUAG